AUGACCUGGAGGCACCAUGUCAGGCUUCUCUUUAUGAUGGGUUUGGCAUUACAGAGCAUCCAUUUGGGAAACAGUUAUCAAAGAGGGAAACAUAAAGGUGGCAGAGAAGAAGCAAAAAAUUUUGCAGCCCCCAAAUACCAGCAGACAACCCUCAACUGGACUCUGAGUACUUUCAGGGAGGUGAAUGGGAGCGAAGAGGACUGGAGGCUGCGGGGUUCUCCCUAUUCCAGAGCUUUUGGAGAGCGUGCGUCCCUGCGACAGCGCUGCUGCUGGAACGGCGGCACCUGUGUACUGGGSAGCUUCUGCGUGUGCCCAGCCCACUUCACCGGCCGCUACUGCGAGCACGACCAGAGGCGCAGCGAUUGCGGCGCCCUGGUGCAUGGAGCCUGGACCUUCAGUGGUUGCCGCCUGUGCAGGUGCGUCUUUGGGGCCCUACACUGUCUUCCCCGUCAGACGUUCGGCCGCUGUGAUUUGAAAGACUUUCUCCCCUCACAUGCCAAUGGGCCAAGCUCAUAUAGUUUACUGAGUUUUCUCCUCCUGCUGUUCUGGGCCCUCCUGCAGUGCCUUGUCUGUGAAGGAGACUCUAAGUGA